AUGGGACCAAACAACAAGCUAAUAGACAUGGAAACAGAGUCUCAAAUGGUCAGUGGAUGCGAGGUUACUGCAAUUCUCAUCAUAUAUGGACUUCCUAGGUUACUAACAGGAUAUCUCUUGGCUCAUGAGAUGAUGCAUGCUUGGCUUAGACUCAACGGUUUUAAGAAUCUUAAGUUAGAGCUUGAAGAAGGAUUAUGUCAAAAAGGUGAUGACUGGUCCGAUUUCGAGAAGAAGCUCCUAGAGUUUUGCAUACAUCAGAUAAAAGAAGAUGAUUCACCGGUCUACGGUGACGGAUUCAGACAAGUUUACAAGAUGGUCUCAAAUCAUGUCAACUAUAAGGAUACUCUUAAAGACAUCGUUAGCAUUUCCAAGACUACUAUACCAGCUUCAAAGAUCUGA